AUUCCGAUAAUGGGAAUUUCCUACAGCUGAGGAGGUGUAGCUAGUCACGGCUAGCACUUGUUAAAGUAGCAUACAGCAUGAGAAUAAUGGACAGUAUGUAACAGCCCACACGAUGCAGCCUCCCAUCCUCCCACUCAGGGCACUGGCACCGUCUCUAAACUUGGAGACAGAAGAAGAAUUGCACCAUCAAAUAUGUUUCUUCAAGAUGAGUGACCUUGAACUCCGCAUCUCUAUUAAUGCAACUCUGCAUUAACAGAGCGUGAAGAAGAAGAAGAAGAAGAAGCUCCUCCUGACAUCACCUUGCACGACAUAGGCCUGUUUGUCUUGAAACAAGUAAGGCUUUGAGCCAAUACCAGAGAUGCCUGUAAGAAGGCAUCCCUACAGGCUGCAGCCUAGCUACGCCAACUGAAAGCACAAGACUACCGCAUCACUUGUUCUGAGGAUGUGCUGCUAAUUGGACUCAAAGUCUUAUUCCUCUGUCAUCAGUCCAAAACUUUACUAGCCUUGAGUGUGUGCCAGCUUGUGCAGUAAAUUAUGGUGUCCAAAAAUGGUGCUUGAAUGUGGCAUCCAGGUGCAGGGUAUGCUAAAAGGGGUGAGGCUCUCUCAGAAAAGUGUAACAGCUGACUGAUAGUCUGCUGUCGAUAAUGGAUGCCAAAUUAAAAGAGGACCUAUUUCGGAGGUAUGUGACAGCACUGGAGAGGCGCCUGGAGGGUGGAGGAGAAUGGCCAAGGAGUGUGAAUGCACCAGAAGGGGACAGAGGGAGAUACAAGGACAGCGAGGCCUUACUUUCCACGGCUACAGCCCUGCUUGGGGCCUAUCAGCCAGAUCCAGGACAGCGUUUCAGGAUGGUGCGUUUCUAUGAAGUGCUGGAGAGUUCUCUGCGCUGCCAGAGAGGAGGAAACCUCAGGAGUCUUGAGAGAGCCUUUCGCACAUUGGAAACUAUCUGCACCAACCUCUUGCUCUUCCCCUGGAAAAAGGAGUUCAGAUGUAUAAAGACCUUCACCGGCCCCUACGUGUAUCACCUGCAAUCUGCCAUUACUGAUGCUGAACUCCGAGCUCUAAUGCGCACUAUUGGCUACGCCUGUGACCACGAUUCACAGUUUCAUUUGCAGGAGCACCCAGGUGGCACAAAUCAUCUCCGCCAGUUGGCGUUUGAGCUCUUCCUGGCCCAAGCGGAGUGCCGUCUCCUGGGAGAGGUAGUGGCUCUGGCCCGUGGUUCGGCCUCAGAGAUGGAGGCCCUGGAACUCCGCAGAGGUUGCAGAGAUGACGCGGCUGGCUGUGCGGAGGCGCUUCGUAGACGCGACAGCCUUGGGGCGGAUAUGGCUCGUUUGUCGGUGCGGCCCCUGGAUAUAGAGAGACCUCAUGCCCACCACUUGAGGCGAGGUAGCCGGCCGUCUAAAUCUGUGGAUGUCACAGAUGGAGCUGGACACUGGCAUCCCGCUGUAAGCAAGCCUGUGUUAAAGGCCUCGUUGAGUCUGAGAAAGGAGCCUCUGUUUGUGGAUGCAGAGGAGGAUAUGAAGGAUGAGAUCAUCAGACCCUGCAACUCAGCAUCGCUAUUCUCCUUGGCAGGUCCACCUUCCUAUAGCACUGUUGGGGAUUUCUCCCCGAUUCAGUCACCUCCCCCAGCUGAUGCGUACACCUCCUACCACCUGUCGUCCCUGGAUGAGAUCGACUUGUACACGGAGAGGGGCGGUACGGGGAUGGGAGGGAGGCAGAUCUCUUCUCGACCUCCAUCCAGAGAGCCCCGGGAUGUAAGGGAGGCAUGGUUGCUCAAAGCUCACGGUAGUGUGAAGUGUCAGGGCUGUGGGCUGGGAUGCUCCUCCAUGGCAUCCUGCCAGAGGUGUGACAUGAUCCUCUGUUCUUCCUGUCAUGAUGUGGACCCCUCCCCUUGCUGCGGCCUCCAGGACUACCAUCCCAAAUCCCCGCGGCCCCUCGAUGGAUACAUUCCAGUCAAGGAAAAGCUCUCCGUCUACUCUAAUACACACUCCCACUCGCAUCUCCAUCCACACCCCCUCACACUGACUCACUCACACUCUCACCCCCACCCUCACCCCCACCCUCAGAUGGUGGAGAAACCCCUCAUGUCCACUAAGCUAUUUCCAAGCAAAUCUGUCGCCUUGACAACACCAAAGGGAGGCAGCAGUGAUCGAAUAGGCUUGGGGGGAUCGCGAUGCGGGUUUUGCAACAAGCCGGGUGCAUCACACACCUGUGUGAACUGCUCUAAAGUGUCAUGUGACUCAUGCAUGGGCUUGUAUGCAAAGGAUAUGUGCACGCGAAAGAAUCCCCAGCACAGCUUUGUCCCCAACCAUCAGCUUAACUUCAAAUCUGGCACCAUAUCUCACUUGGUGUACCGAUAAAUCUGUUUGUUUCUCCCUCGCAGUCCCCUUUCUCAACCCUGCUGCGUAGUCUUGCACUAUUGCUUUAACUCUGUUCCCGUUAAAACAGCUCAUUCUCUAUCUACCCUGUUAUCUGAUGCUCUUUUGCUCUCUCUUACUCACUCUUGAACUUUGUACAUUUUUCUCCGGCUGUUAGAAGGGCCCUGGAAUGCACAUGCUACAGAGAGCCAUAUCGUCCGCCCAUCUCUCUGCCUUGUACAAGUUCAGGCCUUUUUAUCUAUUUCUUCUUUCUUUUACCCUGCUACCUGCUCUCGAGUAGUCACGUGAUGUUGUAGCGCUUCCCGAAUUCCUCAAAUGUUGUCCUUCUUAAAAGGGAAACUGGAAAAAAAGAGUUUAAUUCCUUCUCAUUUUGAAUGAAUUCCAUCCAAAUGACAUAUAUACUUUGCCUCCUCAGCUAAAAAUUCCUCUAGUAUAUAAAUAUAAAUAUAUAUACAGUAUAUAAAUAUUUAUGUGUGUAUGAGAGUGUGUGUGUGUGAGUGUGUAUGUGUAGAAAAGACCUAAGCUUGCAUUGUGAAAAAGGAGAUCUUUUUAAACUUGAAGAAUAGUAGAGAAAACAGAGAAAAAAUACACUGGAAGUUAAUAAGUCAAUAGUAUAUAUUUUUAAUCUCUAUUCUCUAGAAAAAUGUGAGACUGUUAAAUGGGCAUGAGGUCUAUCAUUGGGAUUUUUGGGGUAUAUAGUUAUGUUAGUGGACCUGGGGUGAGAGUUCUCUUAAAAGGACAUACUGAGACAAUGGUCAGAUGCCAUAUAUUCUAUUUAAAAGAUUAUGCCUUGUAAAUUAACCCUGAACUGUUUCUGGUUUUAUGGCUGAAGUUGAGAGGCUGCUGUUGACUAGGGACUUUGAAGAUUUUUGCCGUUGACUCCUUUCCGGUAAAAAACAAACAAACAAAAAAAAAGCCUGUUGCGUUGUGUCAGUUCCAGCUUCCCCUUCCAGCCAACCCCUUUCAUUACACUCCUUAAGUCACCAUUGCUCAUGAUGUUGUAGUGCACCCUCACCAGAUCAUGUGGUUCAAUGUCAGGCUCUGGCAAAGUUUUCCAGAAGUUGCACGCUUGAUCACACGAAUCAAGUGAUUACCGCUCUUUGACAGUGUGUGAGCCUUUUUGAUCCGUUUUUGACGGUGUGAAAGUGUAAUCUCUGACAUGGUUUCUGUCUACCUCAAAUGGCUUCAGUUGAAACACUCUGUUUCAAACAAUGUGGUUUUACAGUAGAAACCUAAAAAUACUGUAUUGCUUUGUUUCUUGAUUUAGGCCUACAAUCCGAGGAGUCCUUUCUUUCCUUUCUUUUGAUCCAAAAAAUUAGCCACUUUUAAAGGUUCACAGAGUUUAUUUAUUUCCUGACACAAUACCGGCACAGCUUCUGUAAACACAGGGACUGUAUAGAAAAAACAGACCCCUCGUACAUCAAACAAAAUCUAAUACAAAGACCCAACAGUAGUUUUUCUUCAGCACCGAAGUGAAGUUUCAUUGCAACAGCUAGAAAGAUGUUAAUCAAAUACUGGAUUGCACUGUAUUGAAAGUUGUCACUGAUUAUUUUUUUCUUAUGGACAACAUAAAGGAACAAACCUCACAACCAUCUUGGCAGUACAGUUUAACACUGCCAUAGACUAUUGGUUCUAAAAGACCCUUGAGUCUAAUUGACGUCUUUCUUAUAACGAGUUAAGAACAUUCAAGUUGUCAGAUUUUGCGAAAGCUGCCUGUUUUGACACAUCAACAAAUGAUAUCAGUAAAAAUCAGCACACUGGCAUGUUAUCAGUUAUCACACUGAUCAUAUCAGUGUGUUUUUGGCCGUGACUGUCCCAGUUAUUGGUGUGUUUUAUCACCCUGUGUCUUUGGUUUGUUCUCAGAUCAUAAAAGCAUUUUCUAAGGCCCUUGAUUUUGGGUGAUUUGGAGCAUGAUGCUUACACAAAUUUGGUCAUGCACCAAAGCAAGCUUCUACCACUGACUCUGGAAACUCCAGUUAUUUCAAUUCCAGUCAGUAAUUAAUGAAGCAUGUAAAGGGUCAAUGUGCCGCGUGUAAAUAAACUCUGUUAACAUCUAAAAGGAGUGUCAUGAAAUCUAAUGUGAGCUUUAGUGAUUAGACUUUGGUUCUCUCUACAAAGGAUAAUUAAUGCAGUAAAUUGCAGUUGAUAGACACCAAGGGCUAAUUUUAAAUCACAUUUCUUAAAGGGGACUCUAACUCUGGGUUAUUUUGACAGAGCGUUUAGGUGACUGCAGCCUUUUUGUUCUGCCAGGAAUAACCAUGAAAUGCCUUAAGCUAAUUCAGCUGUCUUAUCAUAAUGUGUUUUAAGUUAUCAGUGAAGUUGCUUUAUUGUUCUUUGCUAAACAAGCCUGUAGGUUAACAUGGUGUUGCCUGACUAUAUACAUGGCUUGUUCCAUGACAGCUAAGGAAGGCAUUCAGAGUAAUAGGAAAAAUAAACACAUACAGUCUCCCUGUCGACAUUAGGUUAGCAUGUUCUGUUGAUGUAUUUAAAGCAAAGCUGAAGACCCACCUGUUUCCUGUUGUUUACUGCUGAUGUUUCCUAUGAUGUGUUGUGUCUCUGUUUGCUCUUUAAUUAUUAAUGAAUUAACCAUCACAAACAAGCAUAUCAUCUACAUGCAUAUUAACUGAAUUAUGCAUUAAGUCACACUUUUUUUAAAAAGCCAACAUAUACACUAUGUGCUCAAUGUUAAUCUUUUCAUUAUGACUAUGUUUUGACUUGAAGUCGUUCUGCAUUUUUUUGUGCUUUACAGAUAUUUAAACACAGGCGUGUUUGCAGGAAGUGAUGCCUGAUUUGCACUUCAGUUCAUUUCCUCCCUUACAAACUGAAUUCUAUGUUUUACAUCCUAUAUCAUCGAAACAUGCUGAAAGGAUGUUUGAUAUCACUGGGAUGUAGCUUUUGAGAGAUUCUCUUGGAUCAACACUAACUAACUUGGGUAUCAGUGAUGACGUGCAAUUGUUUAUUUUCUUCUGAUGAAGCAUUUCUUAAUAGUUUAGAUGUUUAUCAUUGGAAGGAUUCGAGUUUCUAGAACAUGCUCAUUGCAAAUCAUACCAGCAACAAAGAUGACUUUCAGAAGUAUUGAGCCGUGUUGCAAGAUCAUAUUUGCCAAAUGAAGAACAAAUAUCUUAUUGGAGUAGAAAACUAAAUCAUGUUGCUUGCCCUGAUGUACAGUUUGUGUAACACAAAACUGUGGUUUUGCUAAAGAUUAGCCUCGUGUUUGUAGAUAUGAAAAAAGCUCUGAAAGGGAAUCAUCAACAUAGAUACCUACUCGCACACCUUGGGAUGUGGAUUUGACUCUGAUCAGUGGACUGAUAAUUUGUGUGGGUCACUACAAAGGGCUAAACAGUCUUCAGGGCUGCUGCUAAGUUUGUGGACACUGUUUUAAUCUUUUCAAGAACAAAUGACCUGUCAUGGCUGAGUAUCAGAUGUGGAGCUUACUUUACAUCCAUCAGUGAAUAUCAAGUGCUGAUGUUGGAAAAUAAAAAGAGCUAUUUUUA